AUGGAUAUAGUGGAUGGAUAUGGAGGAUAUGGGUGUGAGGCAUCCCGAGGCCUUCCAUCAGAGCGGCAGGCACACUUCCACAGCAGGAGAAGGAAACCGCUGAACUGCCACCAUGAGACUCUCAUCAGCCUGGACAGCACUCUGAAGAAACCAGGCAGCAGCCCGGGAAGAUUUGCCAACGCCACAUUAGUGCGACUAUCCGAGUUUUUGAGUGCGGGGUAUAAGAAGGGAGUGCGACCUGUGAAAGACUGGAGGACGUCCACUAUAGUGGCCAUAGACCUCAUGGUUUACUCCAUCCUCAAUGUGGAUGAGAAGAACCAGGUGUUGACAACAUAUGUGUGGUACAGACAGUCGUGGACGGAUGAAUUCCUGGUGUGGAACCCAGAAGACUUUGAUGAAGUCAAACAAGUUUCUUUACCUACUGCUAAUGUGUGGGUGCCCGACAUCCUCAUCAACGAGUUUGUAGAUGUGGGGAAGUCUCCAGACAUACCUUAUGUCUAUGUGACACACGAUGGACUUGUGCGCAACUACAAACCCAUCCAGGUGGUCACAGCCUGCACUCUCAACAUCUACAACUUCCCAUUUGAUGUCCAGAAAUGCAGCCUCACCUUCCAGAGCUGGCUACAUACCAUUGACGACAUCAACAUCACCCUGAUGCGAAGCCCUGAGGAGCUCAGGGAGGACAAGAGUGUCUUCAUGAACCAAGGAGAGUGGGAGCUGCUCCAUAUACUGUCCAACUACAAGAUCUUCAGUGUGGACAAUGACGACUACUAUGCUGAGAUGAAGUUCCAUGUGGUGAUCCGACGGCGGCCGUUGUUCUACACUGUCAACCUGCUGCUGCCCAGCAUCUUCUUGAUGGUGAUGGACAUUGUGGGUUUCUACCUGCCGCCGGACAGUGGAGAGAGGGUUUCCUUCAAGAUCACUUUGCUGCUAGGCUACUCUGUCUUCCUCAUCAUUGUAUCUGACACUCUGCCUGCCACCGCCAUAGGAACUCCGCUCAUAGGUGUGUACUUUGUGGUUUGCAUGGCCCUGCUGGUGAUCAGCCUGACAGAAACCGUGCUGAUUGUGCGCCUGGUCCACAAGCAGGACCUGCAGCCCCCUGUGCCCGACUGGGUGAAGUACCUGGUGCUGGAAAGAGCUCCGGUCCUCUUCUGCAUCCACAAGAAGCACCGCCUCUGCUCCACACUGUCCUCCCAGGGCGUCGACCUAGAGCACUACAAGGACAACAACUAUGGGACUGCCCAGUGCUCCCUCCACCACACCUGUGAGAUAGGCCGAAGGGUCAGCCACCAUGACAGAGAAAGCGGGCUGCUCGGACUGGGCCUGCCCCCCUCCAGGGACCCCACCCCGCCUGUCAUGGACAACAUCCUGCAGGAAGUCACAGCGAUACGCCACUUCCUGGAGAAGAGGGACAGGUGCCGGGAAGUUGCCAAGGAGUGGCUGCAGGUCGGCUACGUGCUGGACGUGCUGCUCUUCAGAGUUUACUUGGUGGCCGUGGUGGCCUACAGCAUCACACUGGGCACGCUGUGGUCAGUGUGGCAGGUCGCCUGAGUCUCGCCCCUGCACCGCUGUGGGCACAAGCUCAGUGGGUAGAGCGUUGAAUUCAAAAGGCCGGAGUUAUCGGCUCGAUGGCCUGUGUAGCUGCGUGGAUACAGGGAGGCACUCGCAUAGUAAUGCAACAGGGAAAGGCUUGCUGUAGUUAGGGAUUAUAAAGGUUAAGUAACCAACUGGGUUUGUGCUACUAUACCCCUACUAGUAUUAUUAUUAUCAUCCUUUUAGGUUUGAUCAGAGAGUUCCAUGAUGUGAGUGCAAUCUGAGAUGUUUUCAGGGCCAGCCCAAGGCUUUUUGAGAUGCCGAAGCAGAAAUGCCCCCAAACACUUCUAAAGGCAAUUAUUGUUCAUCUUUAUGAAGGAUUAAAAAGGGUAUCAUUACAAACAGACGCUUUAACCACAGAAACCACUUUAAUCUGGCGGCCUAUCUCUCCAUAAAACAAACAUGCAAAGACGAAUAUACUAUAAAAUAAAGUAAAAAAGAAAAACAACAACUAUAUUAACCUGGUAAAAUGUAAAAGUAUCUGUGAAGUAGAAUUUAUUUUUCAGAUAAAAAGCAAAUAUAAAAGCCCACACAUCUAUUUACUUUAAUUAUGUGAAAAAAAGAACACAGCAAGCAUCAUAAACUUGUUUUAGGCCCUUAAUUAAUACUAGUAGUGUGUUUAUAUGUUGGCCUGGAUGUGUUGGGAAGAAUAAAAGUCUUGGGGGGGGGGGGUGGUUUGGGAUAUAAUUUACCAAUUUAAAACAAAUAUGGAAUAUCGGCCCAAUAAUUAGUGCCUUUAAAAGCUUAAGUGUUGUGACGAAGGUCAAAGCAGGAGACACAUUCAGCAUUGAUGAAACACGAAGAAGCAGCCGGAUAUUUGAGAAGUUUUAGUUUUGCAGAGUAAUAAAUAUAGAAAAGAUGUAUUUACAUGGAUCAAUAAAUAAGGAUGUAUAUUAGUAAGGUAGCAGAUGCAUAUGUUGUUUGUUCUAUAUGUAUGUUAUUUCCUACAGACACACACAGACACACACAUUGUUGAUGCGUAUCAUUAGUUUAUUUUCAUGUAUCAUAAGUCCGUAAGUCGAAGGGUGGAAACUUAUAGCGCUUCAAAUAUAUAUCUAUAUAAUGUUUAACGUUAAUGUGUCACCAUAUAUAAUACAAUCUGUAUAAUAACUAAGUUAUUGUAAUAGAGUAGCAGACGUGGGCUGAAGUUUUAUUUAAUUGCGUUACUGUGUCAACAAGAGACGAGAUGUAAUUAUAUACGACGAAAGAAGGAAUUGUCUAUUUAAUCAUAUUUCAAUAAAUGUAAUAAAGUUUCAUCCUUCUCAAAACUUCUCUUUUUAAAAAAGCGUGUUAUUAAUGCCAGCACUUGUAAUGUUAUUGCUUCUGUAUUAUAUAUUACCUUUGGUGUAUUUUAUUUCAUUGCAGACCUGAAAUGUUUUGUUUUCCUGUUUAAACCACUUUGUAACUGUGUUUUAAAAGGUGCUGCGUAUAAAUAAAAUGUAUUAUUCAUUAAAUAUUAUACGCAGUUAACAAUGCCCAUACAAAGAAUUUACUAUCUUCACCUUCCUUUUUAUGGAAGGCCA